AUGACAACGGUCACGCCCCUUGCGUGGGGGGGGGGGGUGGGGCGGUGGGGGUGGGGGGGGGGGGGGGGGGGGGGGGGUGGUGGGGGGGGGGGUGGGGGGGGGUGUGCGGGGGGGGGGGGGGGUGGGGGGGGGUUGGGGGUGGGGGGGAGGGGGGGGGGGUGGGGGGUGGGUGGGUUGGGUGGGGGGGUGGGGGGGUGUGGGGGGUUGGGGGGGGGGGGGGGGGGGGGGGGGGGAUCGGAGGGGGGUGUGUGUGAGGGGGGGGGGAUGGGGUUGGGGUGGGGGGGGGGGGGGGGGGGGGUGGGGUGGGGGGGGGGGGGGGUUGGGGGUUGGGUUGGGGGGGUGGGGGUGGGGGGGGGUGUUUUGGGGGGGGUUGGGGUGGGUUGGGGGGGGGGUGGGGUGUGGGGUGGUUGGGGUUGGUGUGGGUUGGUGGGGGGGGUUGGGUUGGGGGGGGGUGGGGGGUUGUGUAGUGGGGGGGGGGUGGGGGGUUUGGUUGUAGGGGGGAUUGGAUUGGUUAGGGGUGUGGGAGGGUUGGGGGGUUAG